CAAGGACGUGCUAGUUGCUGCGAGCUGCCUCAGCGCUCUGCUUAAAUACUCGUCGCCUCCUCAUAGCACCUUGCCACGGGCUGCCUAUCACUUUUGCUCGCUCCGAUAUGCCACAGAGCACCGUUUGGCCAAGAUUAAGUACAUUUCCAGCGAUUCGACCUCUGAAACGAUCCGUUCAAAGUCUGCUCACCCUUCCAUGUCGGAUGGAUCAGGAAAGCCCUCGAAGCCCGAGGCACUGACUCUGGAGGCAUGGUCCCAAGGUAUGAUGGUAGGAUCUCUGGUGGUCAUGGCCUUGAUCACCACCGCCAACAUGCGCGCCGGGGUGCUGCUGCAUAAAUUGGUUUUGCUCGAGCUUGCUCUGGCUAUUCCCAACGGAUUUUUCAUCUUCUUCAAUCCACCGGUAUUUGGUUGGUACCUGUCUUCCACCGCCGCCGUGCUCAUCGCUUCCUGGACCUUGCACAACAUUAUUGCGUGGAUCAAGAACAAGCCGUUCCUGAGCACCUUGACAAGCCGAAUGUACAUCGGCACCGUCAUCGUGGCCCAAGGAUACUGGAUUCUCGAAAUCUAUGCCAACUUUACAUACUUUAAUGACCUGAAUGGACAUCUUUUCAUCAAGACGCGGCCUUACGAAGCACUCUUCCGCGAUCCCUGGUGGAUCUUCACCACGCUCAACCUCUUCUGGAACAUCAAACACACUUACGGCUUUGGCUUUGUCCAGCUGAUCAGGGUCUCACCCCGCUUUGGGAUCCUACUCCUCAGCAUGAGCCUAAGUGUGAUAUUCAUUGUCGUCGACAUUCUGUCAGUCACGUCUGUUCUCAAGACCGGCGCGAUCAACCCAUUUUGGAAGUUCUCCUUCGUCUUUAAAUGCUUCACAGAUACCAUCAUCCUCGACGAUUUCAAAACUGCGCUUGACAGGAUUGCCCAACACCGGACCAUCUUUCCUCCCGAUGUAAACUUUUCUCCGCAGAAGGAGGGAGCACGUCCAAGCUUUGAGCUGAAGAAUGCUGGACAUAUUGAGCUUUGCGUAGAAACCUCGGAACAGACACUAGCUCUAGGGAGAGACUCGAUGGUUUAGGCGAGAAUUAGUGUUUUGCGACAACACAAGCUUGAGUUCCUCUUCGGCAUGAAAAUGACCGGGGCCUGCGAUGGCUGCGAGCCCAUGUAAUCAUGAAUCAUUGGAACAUGUAAACCAAAUGAACCUCAAGGGAAAAGCCGUCUAUUGCUCCACCGGGAAAGGCCCCGUCAAGGAGACUUCAGUUCCCCGGCCCUGGCCUUCGCUUUUGCCACAAUGCCUCGGGUCAUUGGCCUGCACAAAAACGAAUGUCUUCUCAGAGGAAUGAAUAUAUAUACCACUGUACCAUCCCUUUGAGGCCUAAUUCCAUCUCUCUGUAUGGACCAAGUCUGCACAGAUCAUCCCUUU